AUGGCGGCUGAGACCGACCAGGAAACGUCAUCGACUCACGAUUCAAAAGCCAAGCGACAUAUGUUGUACUCGAUACUUUUGUAUGUGGGCUGGUCUCUUGGAGACGUCCCCUGCAGUCCUGUUUUCUGGGCCCUUGUUUCAGGCGGCUUCAUGCGCCGUGGGAUGUCAGGAGAUCGCCACGUCAAAGUAGACUUGAAUCGAGGAAAAGAAAAGCCUCCGGAAAGGCUGGCUCCCAACUUCCUUGCAGACACGGAAAGUCACCUCACGGGCCAUGCUGCCGUCGCCCGAAAUAUGGCUACGUGCCAGGAGUCUUGGACGACCCGCGACGCGCUUUAG